AGAUGGCCAAUGCUCUUUCCAAAGCUGUUGCCAAAGGGCACAUCAACAACUUGGUACCUAUUGUAUUCCCAGAGAGUGCUUGUUAAAAAAUAUGUGAACACCAGACUACUUGAGAUGGCACACGAAAGCCACGUUGGUUUUGCGGAAUAUCUGAAAUGCUUAAACGAAGGCCAGUUCUAUAACUUUUGCAGUAUUUUGCCUCCCAACAUUGACGAUGACCUGAAACUUGAAUUCGUCAUCGAUGAGUUAUUGAGAGUGCUUUCAAGAGGUGAAGAAACACGGGACCUAACUGUAAAGUAUUUUGCUCAGAAAUCCCUUGUUUACCUUCGCCAGCAAGAGUUAAUAGUUUUAAUACAAAAAUGGAUUGCAGAGGCAGCUGAUGACAACCUAAGCCUAGAGCAAGGUGCUACUUACAUAGCUCAGUGGUUUCAACCUAUGAAAAUUGUGACAUUGUCAAAAAUUCAACAGGAGCUUGACUCUCUUGCAAACUUGGUAAAAGAAUCUCUGAAUACAACUUCGCCAAAACAUCCUGUUUUGAAUAACGGUGCCUUAUUUACUUCUGAAGACGUGAAAGAAUUGUCAUGGACAACAGUUGAAUGUAAACAAGUCAUCCAGGCCAUCGAGAGCGUUUUUAAGCCACUGUUCAAUAACUCUUUUAAAAAGUACUUUAAGCCAGAUAACUCUUAUAUAAAUUUGGUCCUUGAGAGAAGGCAAGGCAUCCCUAUUACUUUGUGCCUUGUGGUCAUGUGCGUGGCUAGACGUCUUGGGGUUGCCCUCGAACCAGUAAAUUUCCCCCAGCAUUUUAUCCUUCGGUGGAAAGAGUUCCCUUUAAAACAGGGCAUUGAGCAGUACAGAUUCAUUGAUGCAUUCAACGGUAGCUAUAAUUUGAACUUUGAGACCCUCAUUAAAGGCCUAUCGAUGCAGUCAGCCAUGGUUGGGCCUGAGCACUGCGACAGCUGCACAAACAUUCAAGUUCUGCAGAGGAUGUUGAGAAAUCUCAUCUCACUAGGCAAGGAAGGACAAUAUAAGCAAGGUCUCAAUCUUCUGCAUCAUGCUGUCGAGUUGUAUAAUUUACUCAUUCCAGAUGAUGUAGAGAAGCAAGUUUUGUCAGUGAAAAUUACACUACACCACAUGAUUAACCUCCCAAGUGCUAUUAGCAAGAUUCAAGAGAUAAUGGCUGAGCGGCCUGAUUUGAGAGAUCUGCUCAUUCAUUUGCAGGUAACCAAUCCACCUUUCAUUUUUAAUGCUAAUACUUACUUGUAAAGUUAGGUUAAAUACAAAUAAAUAAAUAAAUAGAUAUAAAAAAAGGAUACAUUUGAAAUAAACUAUUUACUCUCUUAACUAGUGUACAUUUUAAAGAAUUAGUAUAAAAUAGAAAAGUUUAAAGUCCUUGCCAGUUUUUGGUGAGGAUUAGAGGAAAAAAUUUUUGUGGUUAAAUAUUUAUAUAUAAAAAUGCUGUUGCAAGUGUUUUUGUGGCGUAAGUAUCUAUUAGACCUGGAUAAGAAAUAAAAUCUUCUUACUUUUCAAACAUUUUGAAGUAUAUUUUAUUCAAACAAUAUUUAUAAAACAGCUCCUAGACCUAAAUAGAGCAGGUGGUAUCCAUAUUUGCAUGUGAAUAUAUUUUAACAUCAUUACUAAAUAAAUGUUUGAAUCUCUACAAUCUAAGGAUGAAUGCGAAAAGGUCCUCAAGCAGAUAUCCAAAGGUCACACUCCAAAAAGAGACCCACCAAAAAGAAGGGCAGAUAACCCUCAGGUUAGCUUAUGCUUUUUUUGUUUCAAAUCUCAAAAGCCUUUGAAACUAAUUUUUUUAUAAUUUAUUGCAUUCAAACAAAUCUAAAGUACAAAUUUUGUAGAAACACAGUCACAUAAAAAUGUUUGUACAUUUAAAUAUUAACUUUGGCCUCUUUGACUCCUUUGGUCUUUAGGUUGUAUUUUCAAUUGGAAUGGUUAUGAAACACAGACUGUUCAACUACAUGUGUGUCAUACGUGGCUGGGACAGCACAUGCAAGGCCAGUGAACACUGGAUCAACCAAAUGGGGGUGGACCAGUGUGAGCGAGGUCGCCACCAGCCAUUCUACAAUGUCUGGGUCAUGGAUGGGAGUGACAGAUAUGCUGCUGAGGAGAAUUUGAUUUUUGCCCGGAAGCCGAGGAUGAUCAAGCAUCCAGAGGUGAGCACCUGAUUAAUAGGUUUGAAAAUAUAAGGAUAGAAAUGGGAUACUGAAGGCAUGGUUUUGCCCCUGUGAACUGUUUGUGAUAGAAAUUUAACGUGAGCAUUUUUGUUUAAAUUUAAAAAAAAAAAAAAUUUGUAAAAAGUUUAAUCAAAAGUGCUUUUUCUGUUAUUUAUAAAAAAAAAAAAUUAUUUUAAAGUCUUAAGUUAUAGAUAUUGAUAUAUAAAUAUUCAUAGAUGGUUAAUGAAUACAUUACUGACUGAUAGCUUUGUUGCCUUGGCAUCAACAUUCAUCUUGGUUUGUUUUGAUUUUUUAAUUGACCUUGCUUUUAUUGUUAAGUUUUUCGUAAUCAUAUCAAUAUAAAUUGUACAUCAAAUUUGUGCUUAGUGGCCUACACUAUUUAUUUAGAUGAAAGGAACCAAACAACUUCAUUACAAUUUAUUCACUAAGUCUUGAUUAAUUAAAAUUAACCUCAAUAUUAUUUCCUGUUGCCUUGAUUAUAUAUUUAUUUUUAAAUAAUUGAUUCCUAAAAUAAAUUCAUGAACUCUUCUAUGCAUUAGUUUGCAUUAACUGUUACUGCAUUAUUGGAUGGCCUAUGUUUUCACCCAAAGGUCGGUAGCCUGUUUGAAAGUUUCAAUGGUCGUUAUUAUGUCCCUGGACGUGAGUUACAGCAAGACUAUCCUGAUGACUUGCAGACGACUCAUGAGGCCAUCACUCAGUUUUGUGAAGAAGGAGGAGAGGAGGACAUGGAGGAUGACAUUAAUGUGCUGGAUGAUGACUCUGGCAAGUUUCCAAAUAUUAUUUCUUAUAAAUUUUAGACAAUUCAAAUUCGGUCUGCAUGCUUAGAGAAUUAAUUGACCUUUAGAUUUAUAGCUAAUUUUCCUUGCAAACUA